CCCGAAGCCAGUGAGCUCCCAAAAGGUCUCAUGCUAGGUAGGGAUGAGAAUAUACAUUUAAGGAUCACUCCCCUGGACGAUGUGGGAUGUUACAAAAUUAUGUCUUCCACAUGUACCAAAAAAUACGUACAAAUAUAAAGAUGUUAUUAAUCACCCUAAUUUUUUUCAUAAAUGUUAUUCCUCUCACUAAAUUAUGUCUUCCACAUAUACCAAAAAAUAAUAUUUCCAUAAAUAAUGUAUAUAGGUAGAUUAAUUUAUAUAAAAAUAAUAUAUAUAGCUAUAUUAAUCUGUCUUGUUUAAAUUUCAAGGGAUAGGUAAAUUGUUUGUAUUGCAAUAUAUAUAGUUAUAAUGUGCUAGAUCAAAAAUAAUAAUAUAAGUUUUUGCGUACAUUGUUAUAGCUAUAAUGAGAUAAGUAAAUUAUUUUUACAAUUAAUACUUUUAUUCUAAGUAGGUACACUAACAUAUAGAUAGGUACAUUAGUUUCUAUGAAAAAGGAAAAUAGAUACAUUAUUUUGUCUCUGUUUCAAGCCACAAACAACAUAAUAUAUCUAUUUAUAUUUUGGUAAAUUAUUUUUACCGUAGAAACAAUUUUGAACCCUAAAACAAAAUUGUGGUGGUCGUUGAUAAAAAGAAAAACAUUUUUGAGAGAAAAAAAAAAUCCUAUUCAAAUAAUAAAUUAUAACAUUAAUGCCUUUUUUUUUGGUGUUUGGGGUGGGUGGAAUCAUUAAUCCCCCUUUUCAAUCUGCAUCAAAUUAGUUGUAUAUGUAAAAUGUAAUUAGCGAUAUUUUAGGCAUUCAAAGAAAAAAAAAAACAAAAUACGUGAAGUCAAAUAUAAUUAAUGAAUUUACUUAUGUACAGUCUAUUUUCUACAUUAUUUUAGGACACCUUUGAACUCACUAAUCCAAUUAACAAGUUUUGGGAGGCAUUUUACACACUAAAAAAAGUAUUCAAGAAUGGUCAUUGUUUAAAAACAGUAAAAUAUGGAACAACCUAUUAAAAGAAGAAGAUAAAAUUGUGCUAGUCUUGAGGUUGAGUUUUGACAAUUUAGAAUCACCAUCAUAGAAGCAAUGUUUUGCAUAUUGCUCAAUGUUUGAGAAAGAUGUUGAAAUUCAAAGAGACAACUUGAUUCAACUUUGGAUGGCUCAAGGACUACUCCGCCCUUCGCAUGACGAAAGUAAAGAUAUGGAGGACAUAGGCAAUGAAUAUUUUGAUAUUUUAUUGCAGAGCUCCUUAUUUCAAGUUGCUACGAUGAGUGACAAUGGCAUUGUUAGCAAAUGCAAGAUGCAUGAUCGUGCAAAAAGUUUAUCCAAAACUGAGAGUUUGACUGGAGACUUAUGUGGCAUAGAGAUUCGACAUGUUGCUCGGGUUUCUACUAAUAAACUGGGAAAAUUUCCGAAAAGAAAUGCUGAGAAAUUGUGGUCACUGCUUUUCAAUGGCGUUGAAGUUCCUACUAACAUUCUUCCACGGUUCAAAGCUUUACGUGUCUUAAAUUUAAGUAAUGCUAAUAUUGAAGAAUUUCCAGUUUCAGUAGGUAGGCCGAAACACUUAAGGUAUCUUGACAUUUCCGAAACAAGAUUCAAAGCACUCCCCAAAUUUAUAGGCAAGCUCUAUAGCCUUCAGACAUUAAGAGCAGUAUAUUGUGCCCUUGAAGAGUUUCCAAAACAAUUGCAAAACUUGAUCAACCUGAGACAUAAUUAUUUUGAUGAAGAUAUCAAAUUCCCAAAGGGCAUACGACAGCUGACUUGCCUUCGAACAUUACCUUACUUUUCGUUGGGUAAUGACGUUGGUCGUCAGAUUGAAGAGUUGGCUGGCUUGAAACAAUUGAAAGGUGAAUUCAUUGUCGGUAAUUUGGAGCACAUAAAGAAUGGAGAAGAAGCAAAGAAAGCUAAAUUAGAGGAUAAGACGAAAGUAUGUCAUUUGGAACUCAAAUGGACAGCAGAUAGAUCAACAACUGACAAUAACGAGGAGGAGGAUGUCCUAGAAGGCCUCUGACGACAUCUGGAGUUAAAGAGCUUAAGUAUUGAAAACUUCAUGGGCGUUAAGUUUCCAUUGUGGAUGAUGAGUGGGUCAUUACCGCUCAACAGCUUGAAGAAGAUUCAAUUACUUGGAUGCGACAAAUGUGAAGUAGUCCCAUCGCUCAGUCAUCUACCCAAUCUUACGGAGCUUAAUAUUAAAGGAAUAGCUCACUUGAAAUAUGUUGGAGCAGAGUUCUACGGUUAUGGUCAGGCCCAUUAAGUUUAUGGGCCUCUCUCGUGGAAGUGAGUAUACAAAAUCGCAAUGGACUAUCAGGCCCAUUGAGUGUGUGGGCCUCUAUCGUGGAAUUGUAUAUAGAGGAUUGGAAUAAUCUGACAUCAAUUGAAAUGAAAUGCAGCGUGUCCCUCACCGCCUCUCUUCAGAAAUUGAUAAUCUGGGAUUGCCGUGAAUUAACAAGCUUACCUGCUCUUCCACAACAAUGUACCUCUAUUUAGGAAUUGUGGAUAUGGGAAUGUCCAAAGCUAUCAACGUUUGGUGUCAAAAGUAGGAGCGUUGAGGAGGAGGAGGAGGAGGAAAGCAUUAGUCUUGGAAAACUGUGUUUAUGGAGUUGCCCAAAGCCAGCGUCCUUUUGUGCCCAAAGUAGCAGAAUUGACGAGGAUGAGUGCAUUAGUCUACAUCUUCUUAAGACUUGCGCACCAUGACCUUCCUUCGACAACUGAGGAUUGAAAAUUGUGAAAGAUUAAAAAGUUGGGUGAGCAGCCAUCAAUUCCCACUCUCUCUUGAGACGCUGCAAAUACGAGAUAUCCCUAAUUUACAGAUUCUUCCAAGUUUAGACCACUUUCAUUCUCUCCGUCCUUUGUCGAUUGUAGGUUUGCGAAACCUAAAAUAUAUGCCGAAGGGGCUACAGUGGCCCACUGGCUUGAAGCAAUUGUAUAUCGAUGGGUUUUGGGAGAAGCUCGAUUCCUUCCCUGAUUUUCAAGUUGGAUCAUUAAUGUAUCUUACAAGUUUAGUGUUAAGGGGUUGGUCUAAGCUAAAGUCUCUGCCUCAACAAAUUCAACACCUCACUUCUCUAACAUCUAUGGAGAUAUAUUCUAUUAAGGGGGUGGAGACUUUGCCAGAAUGGUUGGGUAGCCCUUACAUCCAUUGCUCAACUGACGAUUUUGUUUUGCGAGAAUCUGAUGAAUUUACCAAGUCUCCAAGCUAUGCAACGCCUCACCAAAUUACAAAUGUGUAUUAGAAAAACCAAAUUUCAUGGUGUGCAAGGCCACGGUUGUCCGAGAUUACUUGUAUUCCAGUUAUUUGUACAAACGACUCCAAAUGGCUCGAAUUUCCGCUUUGGAAUUAAUCCAUUGGCAUGUAUAAUUUCUUUGGGCAUGCUGUGGCGUUUUUAAGGAUGCUCAAUUGGUGCAAACUGAGUGCAGAAUUAAGGCUAGUUUCUGGCGAUCUCGGCACAGCAACUGCAUACGGUCCUCCUUAUAUGCCAACAAAAUGCUUUGGGAGUAGGCCAGACCAGUUCCCUCCGAUGUACCUUUUUGUGGCGGUGAGUGAAGGGUUGUGGGACGGUGGUUCUGCGUGUGGAAGGCUCUAUAAAAUUAGGUGCCUGAGUGGACCUAAUAUGCAGUGGCGGAUCCAGGAUUUUAAACUCGGGGGGUCCCAAUAAUAAAGGUUAAAAAAAAAUUCCAUCCAAAUUUCAAUUAUAAAAUGAGUAUACAAACAUAAAACACAUCAACAAUCAUAUCAAUAAUAGACUAAAAAUCUCCACCAAUAUCUAAUAUAAUUUAAUUGAGAUUAGAUUAGAAUACCAAAAAACUUACUUGAAUUUGGAACCAAAUAGUGGUGGCUUGGAGAAUUUAAACAAGUGGAGGUAUAAUAUUGGAGUAAUGUAAUUAUAAUAUGGGAUUGGGUGGGAUUAGAAAUUUAGGGUUUUGGGUGAAUAUAAGAAAGAUGGGGGAUUAGGGGGAAAAGCAGUGGAAGGCACGGGUAAAGAAGAAGUGAAAGGGACGACAGGAUGUGGGGCUAGACUUUCAAAAAUAAUAUGUAAUCAUGUUGCAAAGGUGGACCAAUUGCAACCGUUGAUUUCAUUGGUUUAAUUAAAAAAAAAAAAAAAAAAAAAAGGGCCAAAACACUGCGUUUUGGACCCUUUUUUUUAAUGCCCUGUUUUCUUUCUUCUCCCCUGUUUUCUUCUUCUCCGUUGCAAACUGCAACCUGUUGCUGCAGCAACACAGACAAUCUGCACAGCAGCACAGGCCUCGUGUUCGAGUACGAGGGGUCCUCCGGAAAAUUUCUAGCAACAUUUUAGGAUGGCCGAGGGGUCCUGGGACCUCCCAGGACCCUCUGUAGAUCCGUCCCUGCUAAUAUGCCCUGCAAGGAUGGUGCUACUGUGGAGGUGAAGGUGGUGGAUCUUUGCCGUCAAUCUCCUUGCCCUUCUACUAUAGCCAUGUCAACCGAUGCUUUUGCAGCCAUCUCAAACUCAUCUUCUACACGAAACAACAUCGAAUAUGUCCAGAUAUGAAAUCAGCUGAACCAGUUCUAUGCUGAUCACAUACAGCUGAGGAUAUUUCUCAAAGAACUCUCUCCGGCAGCCAACGCUUCUAAAUCUCAAAACUUAUAUAAUAAUGGUCGAUAAUACUUUCAACUGUAUUAAAUAGGAUGUUUUUUCAUAUGUUUAAUCUUUAUUGUUGCCUUGUUGGUACUGAAAUCUGUUAAAAUUGAAGUGGUUUUUCUAGAAUGACUUCCCACAUACCCAACAGCUUAUAUUAAUUCCUUGUUUGUGGCUGUCUUGGAAACCCACAUGUUUUCAUGGUGAGAUGGUAUAUUAAUUCAAAAAAUGUGUUAAAAUGAUAAACCCACAUGUUUAAUAGGAAACCCACAU